GUGCUUCGGCCUUUAAGAUCCACAAUUUUCAUAACCUGUGCGUCUAUUUGUAUGUUACAUCUGGCGAGAAUUAUUUCUUAAACUGAACACUUAACGAAGUGUCAGAAUGAAAUAUUCCUUAUUUACAGUUCUAUUUUCGUUCAUCACUGCGACGAACAACGUCAUCGCAGAAUUUUCAGCAGACGAUUGCAAAGCAUUAGGUUUUAACAAAGCCAACUUGCUUUGUUCAACAUGUGAACACUUCACCGGGUCAAAUCUGGAAAGAAUUUAUGCUAAGUGCAAAGAAUGUUGUCUGAAAGAUUAUGACCUGUCUGGAUCUAAACGAUAUCCUAAGGCUGUCCUCGAAGUAUGUACAUGUAAAUUUGGACAAUACCCACAAAUACAAGCCUUCAUCAAGAGUGACCGACCAAAGAAAUAUAAAAACCUCAGUAUCAAAUAUGUGAGAGGUUUAGAUCCAAUUAUUAAACUGUAUGAUGCUGAGAAUAGAGUUGAAGAUGUACUCGAUAUACACAAAUGGGACACAGACUCUGUAGAUGAGUUUUUAUCAACUCAUCUUUCUAAGGAUUAGUAAAAUUAAAAACUUUUAUAUUUUGCGUUAAUGUAUAAUUAUUUCUAUUAAAUAUAUAUAUAUAUAUUCAAUAUUCAAUAUAUAUAUUCAAUAUAAUAUUUGAUACAUGUACCUAUAUGUGAGUGAUUAUUUCUUAUUAUCGAAGACCGCCCCAGUGGUGUCGCGGCCUGAGUGUAGGGGCUGCGAACCCGGAGCUCGAAUCCGGCUCACCACCUCUAAGGAUUUUUCCCGGGCCGGUCCCUUUCAACCGAGUUUAUCGGUUGAUCGGCGAACGUUAAUUGGGCCUCUAAAAAUUAAUUCGAGUAUAAUCCCGAAUUUAAUUCCUCCUCCCACAAGGCGAUCAUAGUCAAUUCGAGCACGAGUCCGACACAGAUGGGCACACGCCCACUGUGAAAAAACGGCCGUGUAUCGCGUUGUAGUAGUAAAAAAAAAAAACUGCACAUCCCCCAUUCGUCCUGAGAAUAAAAAGAAUGUUUUAUUCAUUGUUUAUUCACAAUAUCAAUUUCCAGUGUUCACUGUUAAAUUUCCAUAAAAACAAUGGAUUAAUAAUAGAAGUCAAUGAUCUUAUGUUUAUAAAUUUGAUGAUGUAUAUGAAAACCUCAAAUGUGAUUACUUUCAAUAUAUGUGAUCUUUCGUUUAGUUUAUUAAUCUACGAGAUCAAAUACUAAUAUAUUAAUAUUUAAAAAAAAUUUAUAUCGAUACAAAGUCCGUGACAAAAA